GAGAUUCACAAAGUGUGGUGUUAUAACUAGUUGUUAAAGAAGAGAAUGGAAAGCUCAGUUUUGAGUAUUUUAGUUGGGCUAUGGCUAGUAACUUGUUUUGGAGCAGCUGAAGAGGAGCCUAUUGUGCCAGCCAUGUAUUUGUUUGGAGACUUGUUAGCGGAUGCGGGUAAUAAUAAUUAUAUUCCAAACUGUACAGCGCGUGCAAACUUCACACCAUAUGGCAUAUCAUUUUUCCCCUGCUCAACUGGUCGUUUUACAGAUGGCCGCACCGCUUUCGACUUUGUUGCUGAUCGUUUGGGGCUCAGUUAUCCUCCUCCUUACCUCCAACCAAAUGCGAGGUUUACAAGAGGGAUAAAUUUCGCAUCAGGAAGUAGCGGUUUGCUCGACUCAACUGGGGUCGACAAGAAAGUUAUCAGUAUGAGCGAACAACUAUUUAUGUUCGAACAGUAUUCUAAUAAUCUAACAAAUUCAGACCCAUCUGGAGGUGCCCAAGCGAACCUGAGAAAGUCUUUAUUUGGCAUUACAGUUGGAGGCAACGACAUUGGCUCCUACAUAGCAAACACUACAGCUUCAACAGAGUUUGUCACUCUUCUGCUAGCCAAAUUUAAUCAAACUGUUGUAAGGCUUUACAAUGGCGGGGCUAGAAAAUUCCUUAUAUUCAACAUUCCACCUGUGGGUUGUACUCCUUACACCAAAUAUACUGGUUACAAUAUAUCACACGGGGAAUGUUUGGAUGCCGCAAACCAGCUGGCUACAGCAUAUAACAGUGGUUCCAAGUCACUUGUGACUCUCCUCAAUGAAAAACUCGAUGGAGUGAGCAUCAUCCAGCUUAAUGCUUAUGAUCAUUUAAUGACCAUAAUUCAAAAUCCUCAAGCCUUUGGAUUCAGCGAUUCUAAGUCAGCAUGCUGUGGAUCUGGAUUGUUUAAUGCAGAAGUGAGCUGUGGAAAGACUAGUCCACAGAAUAUGUUUUGCGGCAAUAUAAGCACACGUGUUCUGGGAUGGAUCUCAUGGUACUCACAAGCUUUAUGAACUGUUUUCAGAGAAGAUCUGGAGUGGAAACUCUUCUGUUAUGUAUCCAAUUAAUCUCUCUAUGCUGGUCUUGGGAAAAACAAGUCUGAUUACUACAAGUUCUCAAACCCUGUCCGAAGUAUAGUUGUUAUUGUUAGACUAAAUAAAUUGAUUAGAAAAGUCUCUUGGCAUAGACCAGCUGCCCAACGCCGCUUACAGCCGUCUACUAUCUUACCACAACCCAUCCGUAAUAAAUUUCGAACGAACUCUAUGCUUCUUGUUUUGCAGAAUUUAUCAUAUGUAUUUCUAUAAAUUGAAUAAAAAACCCUGUUAUCUAUGUGCUCCAGCCAAGAGCGGUAAGCUCUGGUUUAUUUCUCUCUGUGCUUUUAUGUUUCAGAGCUUCCUAAACGUCUGGGGAUGUGAUUUUAGUA